CCAAACGCUUCCAUAACAUUUUUAAAGUACGCUAAAAAAAAAAAAAAGUGUACGAUGUGAGUAUAGUUACUCUAAUGAUGAUACGCAUGCAAUAGCUCUGACAGUAAGGUAAGAGUAUUAAAUCGUGAAUACAGUCGAAACACACACACGCACACACAUACACACACACACACAGAAUCACAACACACACACACACACACGUACACGUCUCUCGUACGCUUACACAAACAUUCCUACGGGAGAGCCAAGUGGCGGGUACGAUUACACCCGCUUACCACACACGCGGCUGCGGAUAUCCCCAGUGUCGCGACAUGUCCUCUAGUCCAUUUUUAGCACAGGAAGAAAGGAUUCCACUAACACUGUUUGCUGAUUGGCUGCAGAAAUCGGGAUUUUUAAGCGAUACCGUUGACGCAUAUUUUUUGUUGAAGAUGACCAGUAUAAAGGGAGGUGCUAGCGAGGACACAUUCACACACUCACACCCUGCACUGUGACUUGCCAAGUGAUCAGCGCUCUGCGAUCGAACGAUAUAAAUUCUGCACAACAGUGGAGUUCGAUCUCAGGAAGGCUCGAACAAUUUGUGAUAAAAGUUGUUGCUAAACUUCAAGUGUUGUUAAAUCACACUUAUCGCCUCUCGGAUUUCUUCGCUCCUAGGACGAGGUUGAUAUUCGCCAGCAAGUGAUCGAAGGGACCUGUCUGUCAAGACAAUGAAUUCCUGUGGAGUUGUGGUCGUCAUCUUAUUCGCCCUCUACACCGGGUGCCCAGCACGUCCCACGGAGGAGAUCGGGCGGUGUAACGACCCUCCCAGAGAGCAGUUGGAGUCUCACUUGUUUCUGAAAGGGGGACUGAACGGUCUUCACGAGUCCUUCUUCUACAUCCCGAGCCUCCUGGGGCUGGUCAAGCAGAGGAAAGACGUAGACAAACAGUUUGUGCACGUGCGCAGGGCGCGCAUGGACCUCCCGCACAGCAGCAAGACCGGCGGGGACGCCGAGGUGGAUAAGUCGAUGUGUCCACCCACCAGGUGCUCAACUACGACGACAACCGCAUCCCAGACACGCUUCUCGAGGCCAAUUGUUCAUGUCGGAAAUGCCAGAUAAAUGAGAGCAGCGGAGACGCUGAGACCAUCCUUAGAUGCGAACCCCUGGUGCACCACACACGGGUGCUCCGCAGGACGGGGUGCAAAGAUGGCAUCUACACCUGGGAGCCGGUGCUCGAGCCGCUGACUCUGACCUGCGCCUGCAGGCUACCGAAGGGGGUGCCUU